GUCCUUUGCAGAGCCCGGGCCCAGGCGCCCGCCCCAGACAUGCGCCCUCCGGCCCGUGGGCGGAAGUGGGGCGGGCACCGACGUCACUCCGGGCGGGCCGACUCCGCCCUUCCCAACAUGGCGCUGCGCUCAAUGCGGAAGGCGCGUGGGUGCUGGCGCUUCAUCCGGGCACUUCACGAGUGCCCCGCAGCUGCUCGCGCCCCCCAGGCCCCCGAGGCUGGCUCUUCCCGGUCCGGCUUCCCACCCCGCCAGAAAGAUGCCAUGACACGAAUAUUCUCUGGCAUUCAGCCUACAGGAAUCCCGCACCUAGGCAAUUACCUGGGAGCCAUUGAGAGCUGGGUGAGACUACAGGAGGAGCAUAACUCUGUGCUGUACAGCAUUGUUGACCUACACUCCAUCACCAUCCCCCAGGACCCAGCUGUUCUUCGGCAGAGCAUCUUGGACAUGACUGCUGUUCUUCUGGCAUGUGGCAUAAACCCUGAGAAGUGCAUCCUUUUCCAACAAUCUCAGGUGUCUGAACAUGCACAGUUGAGUUGGAUCCUUACCUGCAUGGUCAGACUCCCUCGACUGCAGCAUUUACACCAGUGGAAGGCAAAGACUGCCGCGCAGAAACAGGAGGGGACCAUGGGCCUGCUCACCUACCCAGUUCUCCAGGCAGCUGACAUUUUGUUGUACAAUUGCAGUGUCCACCAAGGGAGUAUCUCUGAUGAUCCAACUCUCAGCCACAUACCUGUGAGGUCCACACACGUUCCUGUAGGGGAGGACCAAGUCCAGCACUUAGAGCUAGUUCAGGACCUAGCACGAGGAUUUAACAAGAAGUACGGGGAGUUCUUUCCGGUUCCCACAUCCAUUCUCACAUCGAUGAAGAAGGUGAAAUCCCUGCGUGAUCCGUCCGCCAAAAUGUCAAAAUCAGACCCCGACAAACUGGCUACGGUCAGAAUAACGGACAGCCCGGAGGAGAUAGUGCAGAAAUUCCGCAAGGCCAUGACGGACUUCACCUCAGAGGUUACCUUCGAGCCCGAGCUCAGGGAGGGCGUCUCCAACCUGGUGGCCAUUCACUCGGCCAUGACGGGGCUCCCCGUGCAGGACGUGGUGCGCCGCAGUGCGGGCCUGGACACUGGCCAAUAUAAGCUGGUGGUGGCAGAAGCUGUGAUUGAGAAGUUUGCCCCGAUUAAGAGUGAAAUCGAAAAACUGAAGCUGGAUCGGGGCUACCUGGAGAAAGUUUUACAGAUGGGGUCAGCAAAAGCCAAAGAAUUAGCUUAUCCCGUGUGCCAAGAGGUGAAGAAAAUGGUGGGAUUUCUGUAGGGAGUUUCAUCCUAAGUGCAAAAAAGGUUUUUAGAUCCUGUGGUCUGAACACUCCAAUAAUAACAGCAUUUUCCAGUAAGCAAAGUUACAUUAUUUGGUAACAUUUAAUUUGGGAUUCCUGGUUACUGGCUAAAUUUGAUGAAUAAUUUUGUGUAGCCUUCAAAUAGAGCAAUAUUCUAAAUGCCAGGAACAAAAUUCUGUGACUGGAUAGAAGAAAUGAUAGAUCAGGUGUGAAGUACUUGCCUUGCAUGUGACCCAUCCAUGGUACUGCAUAAUGGUCCUCCCCCACCCUACAUCCUCAAGAGUGACCCCUGAACAGAGUCAGGAAUAAAUCCUAAGCACUGCAGGCUGACAUGCAAAAUGCCAUGGCCAAAUAAAACACAUAUUGUAUGACUCCUCAGUUAUUUGGGAUAUGCUCCUUGGUCUGAGUUGAUCUUCACAAAUGUGAGUGAGGUAGGUAGUUGUUGGGCGGUCUCAUUUGUGUCUCUCUCUGAAGUACUCACCAGUGCCCUCUUUACCCCAGACCUAAAAAGCAGUAUAUAGACAUCUUAAAAUGUUAGUCCUCAGCAUGUCUGUUGGAUGUAUAUAUAUACUGAUCUCAUAAAAUAUAGGUUGAUUGACAUUGGAGAGACAGCUCACAGAGCUGGAGUGAAUGUUUGUCUACAAGAGGCCCAUGUUAGAUUCCUGUCACUGCUUGGUUCCCCAAACUCUGGCCAGGAGUAGACCCAAAACCACAGGGCAUGGACCAAAAACAAACCAAAUAAAUAAAUUGAUUGUUGUUAUUCAUUUGUUGUGAAAAUGGUACCUCUCUUAAUGCAUUUAAACUUUAAUUUAUGUUUCCCAAGGGAUUUUCACCAACUAUACAGCAGUUUCUUUUUCUCUUUGGGUCACACCUGGCGAGGAACAGGGGUUACUCCUGGCUCUGCACUCAGGAAUUACCCCUGGUGGUGCUCGGGGGACCCUAUGAGAUUCUGGGAAUCGAACCCUGGUUGGCUGCGUGUAAGGUAAACACCCUACCCACUGUGCUAUCACUCCAGUCCCUGCUUGGUUUGUUUUUAAUUCAAAGAUAUAUGAUAGAAAUCGGUAUAAUUCCAACUUGAUGUAUUGUACAGGAAUCCAGUUCCUGGAUUAUAUUCAUAGUAAGUAUGCCCCCAGAUUCAUCUCUCAGCUUGAUCUCACCAGCACCCUGUGAAACAGAGAAGAAAGGCCAUUUUGCAUCUUAAGAAGGGAAACCUCAGAAAGCAGAAGUUAUUUUGUACCAUAUUGCUCACAAGAGGCAAUCCAAGAUUAAAAUCCAUUCUGGUUUUUGUUUGUUUUAUCCCCUGGGUGCGUGCAGUGGAAGGCGCUAGUGCUCAGGACUUACUCUGGGCACUGUGCUCAGAUAUCACUCUGGUGAUUCUCUCUGGGGACCCUGUGCAGGAUGCUUGUCCAUGUGUCAAACAAUCACCACUAAACCUCUGUACUGUCUCUCUGACCCCUUAUUUCUCAUUCUCAAGAGCAAUGCCUUUUUUGUUUUGUUUUGUUUUCAGAUUAGCACAAAAUCUUGAGGGUCAAAGUACUUGAGGCUGCAGACAUUCUUGUUUUGGAGAUGGCUGAGGGGCAAACUACUUGAAACUUAGACAUUCUUGUUUUAAAGAUGGGUGCUUAGAAAAUAAGACCUGAACUGCUGGUGCUGUUCAUAUCCAUAUCUGAGCCAGUUCCUGCUUGCUUAACUCUGGAUCCAUCCCACCAUGGUCACAUUCGCUUCUUAGAAUCCCCAGGACACCACAAUCCACAAGGUACAUCGAAGACAAGGUCGGCAAAACGCUUCACGAUAUUGAAGCUAAAGGUAUCUUCAAAGAUGACACGGAACCAAGCAAUCAAGUACAAACAGAGAUAAACAAAUGGGACUAUAUUAAACUAAGAAGAUUCUGCACUGCAAAAGACACAGUGACCAGAAUACAAAGGCAAUCUACAGAGUGGGAAAGGAUAUUCACCCAAUACCCAUCCGAUAAAGGAUUGAUAUCAAGGGUAUAUAAAGCACUGGUUGAACUCUACAAGAAGAAAACAUCCAGCCCCAUCAGAAAAUGGGUGAAGAAAUGAACAGAAACUUUUCCAAGAAAGAGAUACGAAUGGCUAAAAGGUACAUGAAAAAAUGCUCUGCAUCACUAAUCAUCAGGGAGAUGCAGAUCAAAACAACCAUGAGAUACCACCUCACACCACAGAGAAUGGCACACAUCCAAAAGAACAAAAGCAACCACUGUUGGAGAGGAUGUGGAGAGAAAGGGACACUUCUACACUGCUGGUGAGAAUGCCAAAUGGUCCAGCCCCUUUGUAAAACAAUAUGGACACUUCUCAAAAAAUUAGAAAUUGAGCUUCCAUUUGAUCCAGCAAUACCACUUCUGGGAAUAUAUCUCAGAGAAACAAAAAAGUAUAAUCGAAAUGACAUCUGCACUUAUAUGUUCAUCACAGCACUGUUUACAAUAGCCAGAAUCUGGAAAAAACCCGAGUGCCCAAGAACAGAUGACUGGUUAAAGAAACUUUGGUACAUCUAUACAAUGGAAUACUACGCAGCUGUUAGAAAAGAUGAAGUCAUGAACUUUGCAUAUAAGUGGAUCAACAUGGAAAGUAUCAUGCUAAGUGAAAUGAACCAGAAUGAGAGGGACAGACAUAGAAAGAUUGCACUCAUCUGUGGAAUAUAAAAUAACAGAGUAGGAGACUAAUACCCAAGAAUAGUAGUAUAUAAUACCAGGAGGUUGGCUUCAUGGCUUGGAAGCUAGCCUCACAUGCUGGGGGAAAGUCAUCCCAGAUAGAGAAGGGAACACCAAGUAAAAUGUGAUUGGAAAUCCCGCACUGGGAGGGAGAUACGUGCUGAAAGUUGACUAGAGACUGAACAUGAUGGCCACUCAAUACCCCUACUGCAAACCACAACACCCAGAAGGAGAGAGAGAGAACAAACUGGA